AAAAACUUCAUAUUUGUGAGAGAGAUCCACUCAGUGAUUUACUUUAUAUUUACAAACCAGUUGUUGCUUUGUUUUGCUGAUGGUCAGACGGUGUUCAAAGACCUCUCACAAAAUUUUUGACAUUAACAACUUAUUGCAAAAUCGAGAUUAUUGCGAAAUUGUGAUUAAAUUUACUAGAUUAUUAUUUCUUUGAAUUUAAAUAGAAUAGAUUCAAUAAGAAGCGUUAAAGAAUAUUCAAGUGCUGUGAUUUUAUCAGUUAAAUUCUUCAAAAGUGCCAACAACCGACUAAUUUGACAAUUCCAUGCUGUUAAGUGCUUUAAUUCUUGAUAAAUUUAAAGAAUCCUACAGCUUUAAAAAAGGUGUACAUUAAAGUAAUUCAUUGAAAAUUCACAUUGAGACGCCACAAACAUUGCAUACACGUCAACAACCUACGAGAGUCGAGAGAGAUAAAAGAGAAGAGAGAAUAAAGAAGAAGACCAUGAAAAGCAUCAUAAUAAUUUUCUGUAUCUAUAUAUCAAUCGCACAAGCACUGGAUAAUGGCUUGGCAAAAACACCGCCAAUGGGCUGGAUGAGUUGGGAACGUUUUCGCUGUAUAACAGAUUGUGAUAAAUAUCCUGAUGAAUGCAUUAGCGAGCGACUAAUUAUGGAAAUGGCCGAUAUAAUGGUGAAGGAUGGUUAUCUCGAUGCUGGUUACGAGUAUGUUAAUAUCGAUGACUGUUGGAGUGAAUUAGAAAGAGAAGACGGCAAAAUUGUUGCUGAUAAGAAGCGAUUCCCAAGAGGAAUCAAAUUUUUAUCUGAUUAUGUUCACUCGAAAGGUCUCAAGUUUGGCACAUACCUCGAUUAUGGAACAAAAACAUGUGCCGGAUAUCCAGGAUCACUCGAAUAUUUGGAAACAGAUGCACAAUCAUUAGCUGAUUGGAACGUUGACUUCAUAAAGAUGGAUGGAUGCAAUGUCGACACGGAGAAAAUGGUUGAUGGAUAUAUUGAGUUCGGAAGACUGAUGAAUGCCACCGGCAGACCUAUUGUAUAUUCAUGCUCAUGGCCAGCAUAUUUUGAAUUUUACCGAAAGCCCACAAUGAUCCCAGACUAUGAAGUUCUGAAAAAGACAUGCAAUUUAUGGCGUAAUUGGAAGGAUAUUGAAGACUCAUAUGAGUCAAUGCUGUUUACGGCUGAUUAUUUUGCAGAGCAUGCAGACCGCGUUUCACCACAUGCUGGUCCAGGUCAUUGGAAUGAUCCAGACACGUUGCUAUUAGGGAAUUUCGGACUAACUUAUGAACAGAGUAAAGCACAACUUGCUAUAUGGGCUAUUAUUGCUUCGCCAUUCCUUCUUUCAACAGAUUUGCGUACCAUCACGCCGGAAAUUAAAGAGCUUUUAUUAAAUCGUGAGAUAAUCGCAAUAGACCAAGAUCCACUUGGCAUACAAGGAAAGCAAUUAAAGAAAGGCUACGGAAUAGAAGUUUGGGUACGUCCCGUUUUACCAAGAAUCGGAAAUGAGUAUUCUUAUGCCGUUGCUUUCGUAUCAAGACGAACAGAUGGUCAUGGAUAUGCCUUCCCAUACACAUUGGCAGAUCUCGAAUUGAAAAAUAAGAACGGCUACAUUGUUAAAGACUUGUUCAAUUUAAAGCGUAGCACAUUUGAAAUGCAAGAAAAUGAUAUGACUGAGGAACGAGUUAAUCCAACUGGUGCCAAUUUCUAUAAAUUCACUCCAAUUGAAAAUAAUCGAGAGUUGUAAUUUCCAUAUAGAUUGAAAAUUGAAAAAUGCCUCCCGGUACGAGAAUCAUUUAAAUAUAAUUUUAUAGAAUAAAAGCAAGGUCUUUUUUGCAAAAAUGAGA